AUGUCUCUAAAUUACAUCAAAAACUUUUAUGAAGGAUGUAUGAAGCCUCCAACGGUGAUCGGUCAAUUUCACACGCUGUUCUUUGGAUCCGUCCGAAUGUUCUUCCUUGGGGUGUUGGGCUUUGCAGUCUAUGGGAAUGAGGCUCAGCACUUCAGCUGUGAUCCCGACAAGAGAGAAAUUAACCUCUUCUGUUACAGUCAGUUCAGGCCAAUCACUCCACAAGUGUUCUGGGCUUUACAACUAGUGAUUGUCCUGGUUCCUGGAGCUAUUUUCCAUCUUUAUGCUGCGUGUAAAAGCAUCAAUCAAGAAUGCAUCCUUCAGAAGCCCAUCUACUCUGUGCUUUAUAUCCUCUCUGUUUUAUUAAGGAUUAGUCUGGAGGUGAUAGCAUUUUGGCUCCAAACACGCCUCUUUGGUUUCCAAGUGAAACCUCUCUACCUGUGUGAUGCUGGGUCUCUCGGAGGAAAGUUUACUAUUGUACAAUGCAUGGUGCCAGAACAUUUGGAGAAGACAAUUUUUCUCAUUGCAAUGUAUACAUUUACUGUAAUUACAAUGGUCUUAUGUGUUGCUGAGAUUUUUGAGAUCAUAUUUAGAAGAUGCUUUCUAAUUAGACAGUGA